AUGGAAAGGUUUCUACGCUCCUGGCGGCAGGACGCAUUGAACCGGGGUCAGCAUGACUCUGCGAUUUACAUUGGUGACAAGGUGCUGGCACUGACGAACAGCGAUUCCGACGCGUUCUGGCUGGCGCAAGUGCAUUUCUCAAACAACAACUUCACGCGCGCCCUAGCGCUGCUCUCUCGCAAGGAUCUCAUCUCUCGAAGCACCGCCUGUUGCUACCUAGCUGCCCACUCCUACAUCAAACAGAAUCAGUUUGAACAGGCCCUCACGGUUCUCGGCGAACAUAACCCAACCGAUCUGAUUCGCAACAACCAUACCCGGCGCAAGAUUCAGCACCAGAGCCAUGUCACCUUGCGCAAUGGCAAGAGCGCGACUCCGCGUAGCGAUCGGGCAGAAGAGCGCGAAAGGGAGGAUGCGAACAACAUACGAUUCGAAGCUGCGAUGUGCUACCUGCGAGGACUCUGUUUCGCCAAGCAGAAUGCAUUCGAUCGGGCACGGGACUGCUACAAAGACGCAGUGAGGAUUGACAUUCAGUGUUUCGAGGCCUUCGAUCAACUCAUGAAGAACUCACUGAUGUCGCCGGCGGAAGAGCUGGAAUUCCUAGAAUCGCUAGACUUCGAUUCCGUCUCUUCUCCCGACCCGAUGAUGGCCCAGGAAGCCGCCCAUUUCACGAAAAUGCUUUACACCACACGACUGUCCAAAUACUCCUCCCCGAUUAUCCUCUCCGACGCCACCGAAACACUCUCAACACACUACAACCUAGCUGAGAAUCCAGAUAUUCUCCUCUCCCGCGCCGAAGCUCUGUAUACGCAAUGUCGCUUUGCAGAAGCUCUCGAGCUGACCUCCUCUAUCCUUUCUACCUCACAAUCGACCGACAUGACCAGUACAAACUCUAGCAUACCGGCACAGAAUCACCUGGGGCAUGCGCCUGCCAUCUACCCGCUCCAUUUGGCUUGUCUGUAUGAGACAGGCGCCACCAACGCGCUGUUUCUGCUGUCUCACAUGCUUGCCGAUCACUCACCAGAGGAACCAUAUACUUACUUGGCGAUCGGAGUAUACUACCUAUCAGUCUCGAAGGUUGCCGAGGCCCGGCGAUUCUUUUCCAAGGCCUCCCUAUUAGAUCCCCAUUCAGCGCCAGCGUGGAUCGGAUUUGCGCACACAUUCGCGGCAGAGGGCGAACACGACCAAGCCAUUGCGGCUUAUAGUACCGCCGCUCGGCUAUUCCAGGGCAGUCAUCUCCCUCAGCUCUUCCUGGGAAUGCAACACCUCGCACUCAACAAUAUGUCAUUGGCGCACGAGUAUCUUUGUGCGGCUUAUUCUAUGUCUACAGGAGCAGCGCCGGGCUCUGUACCUGCACUACCACCCAACCCAUCGUCCGCAGCAGCAGCUGUCGGCGGAGACCCGCUGGUUCUCAACGAGCUUGGAGUUGUCUUUUAUCACCAGAACCAACUGGCUGGCGCUAUUGAGUUCUUCCAGCAAGCUUUGGCCCUCGCUACGACGCUCCACUGUGAGCCUAGCGCCUGGGUAGCUACACGUGCGAACUUGGGUCAUGCAUUACGCCGCAUGGGCCGAUUACCAGAAGCCCUACGGGAAUUUGAUGAGUGUCUUCGUGUUGGAGCCGGAGGAAGCAGCAUGGGCUACUCGCCAUUUUUGGGUGGUGGCGCCGGUGGCUCUGCUGCCAUCACAGCAUCUGGCGUUGGGGGAUACGAGGAUCGGGGCCUCAUAGGUUCACUGCACACAUCGCGUGGUCUCAUUCUUCUGGAGAUGGGACGUACCACAGACGCCGUUACGACUUUGCAUGAGGCUGUUCGUGUUCUUGGAGCUAGCGGUGGUGGUGAUGCAGCAGGUGGCGCUGGCGUGGCUGGUACGUUGCUUUCACGAGCCCUUGAGCUCUGGGCACUUGAAGGACGCCAAAGUGAUCGUGCGGUUUUCGAAGAGACCAUGCGGGAAGCUAGCGCAUCUUCAUCCAAACGCCGGACCGCGGCUCGAAGCCAUGAGUCUAAAGGCAAAGAACGCACCGUGCCAGAGAGUCAGAGCCGGCGACGACGUCAAGAGCCCGUGGUGGAAGAGUGGACGGACGAAGUGCCCCAUGUAUCUACCCCACAGCCCGAAGAAGACAAGGUUGAAAUGGAUCUCGACAAUGAAGCCGAUGGGCUUCUGCGCCGCGCCCUUGGCCGGGUCCGGCCCAAAUCCCGGCGUCCCCCAGCGACGCCAGACAUGGAUACUGAGACACCGGCUCCCUCUAGUGGGCGGAGUCGGACUACUAGGCAUGGACGAAGCCAGUCCCGCCAAUGA